AUGUCAGUACAGUCUAGUAACUAUUCGACAAAUGGGAAUGCGGAAGUCGCGACUGGCCCGUCUGCUUCACAAAAUACUGGAGCAGUUCAGUCAUUAAAAACAUAUUUAUCGAACAAAGACUACAAAUUCUAUCUGUGUCUGUCUGCCACUAUUGCAUUAGUUGUAAAAAAUAAAGAAGAUGUUGUAGAAUACGAAAAAUUUACUGCCGAACAAAUAGAAGCUUUGCCAGCGGAGAAACGCAUUGACGCCGCACAGUCGUUAAAAAACCGCGGCAAUUCAGCGUUUGGAGCCAAACAAUACGGCAAAGCCAUUGACCUGUAUACAGCUGCGCUGGCUUUCAACAAAGACGCUAUAUAUUACAGUAAUCGUGCAGCAUGUUAUUUUCACACCAAACAAUAUGAAAAGACAAUAAAUGACUGUAACGAAGCAUUGGUUAUUGAUAAACAUUACAUAAAGGCUUUGAACAGACGCGCAUCUGCUUAUGAGCUUACAAAACAGCAUCGUAUAGCUUUGAACGACUACACCGCUUCAUGCAUCAUCGAAAACUUUAAAACUGAUAGUUCAGCAGAAGCUAUCGAAAGGCUAUCAAAGUUGGUUGCUCAGGAAGAAGCACGUGAAAUGAUGGUGAAUCGACCGAGUCGUCUACCAUCAUCCAAAUAUGUUACGAGAUAUUUUGAUGCCUAUGGGAUAGCAGACAAACGUCGACGCGCCGAUAAAAGUACGAACGGCGAAAUAUCUUUGGAUUCCGAGAACAAAGGCGAAGAACAUUAUGAGAAAGCAAUGCAAUACGUACGACAACACAAGUGGCAGGAGGCCAUGGAAGCUUUUGAUAAAGCUGUCGAAUUAGGCUGUUCGCACAUGGCUGAGGCUUAUGAAUACAGAGGAUCAUUCUACUUUUUGUGUGCGUGCACCGAUAAAGCGUUGGCAGAUCUGAACAAAGCACUUGAACUGAAACCAGAUUUGACUAGAGCUCACUUGAAGAAGGCUACUAUAUACAUGGAGCAAAACAAAGUCGAAGAAGCAAAUUCAGAAUUCGAGACGGCAAUACGCAAAGAUCCCAACAAUCCAGACAUAUACUAUCACAGGGGCCAAGUUAACUUUGUGACUAAUAAACUCGAGGACGCCAUCAAGGACUACGAAAAGAGCAUCCAACUUUAUGAUAAGUAUUUAUAUACGCACGUUCAACUGGGCUUGGCAAAAUACCGACUUGGUUUAAUCGAGGACGGCUAUAGCAUACUCGAAAAGUGUCUGGAGAAAUUUGGUGAAUCUCCCGAUAUUCAUAAUUUUCUCGGAGAAUUGUGUUACGAUUUACAACGCUUUGACGAUGCGCUAGCACACUUUGAGAAAGCAAUAUCGUUGGGCGCCGAUGAUGCAGCUCCAUACGUCAAUAAGGCUUUGUUAUGUCUCCAAAAGCAAGAUCCUGCUCAAGCGGAAGAGUUUUGUCACAAGGCAUUGGAAAUCGAUCCCGAGAGCGAUGUUGCACUCAAUGCAAUGAGUCAAAUUUUUCAUACGCAAAAUAAAGUCGAAGAGGCGCUUACGUAUAUGAUAAGAGCCGUAGAUUUGGCGAGAACUGAAGAUGAACUUGCUGCGGCCUUACAAUAUGUAGAGAUUGCAAAGGCACAACUUGAAUUCCAACGCAACUAUCCUGAACGGGCAAACGAACUCAAUAUGAGACGAUAUUGA